AAUCAUAGAUAGUAUAAUAUAUUUUUAUUUCUUGUUAUAAAAAUUUGUCAAAGUGUAGGGGCAUUUUUGUAAUUUCACAAAUAGAUUGUAUAAUUGGUCUUUCUUAUAUAAAAGGGAAGAGUUGUAAGUUGUAACUACAUAACAAAGUGAAUCCAACUUCACUUUGGACUCCUCUUUCUCUCCUUCUUUCUUAUUUUGAUCCAAGAAGUCGUCAUUCCUUCUCUUGGGAAAAUAUGGAGAAACUGAAUUCUAGUUUAGGUUUAUGGAGAACACAAUCCGAUCAACUUGCACAAAUGUUAAGUGAAACCAUCGGCGGUGGAGAAAGUGGUGACGCUGCUAGCGGCGCGACGCAUUCAAGAAAGCCUAGCAAACAAUUGGUGCUUGCAUCGCCCGGACGAAGUGGUGGUGGUGGCAGUACACACAUUAGAAAGACAAGAAGUGCUCAAAUGAAAGUAGAACUUGAUGAUGUGGGUAGUGGGGCCGCCUUAAGUCGAGCUUCGAGUGCAAGCUUAGGGUUUUCGUUCUCGUUCACCGGAUUUACUAUGCCUCCUGAUGAUAUUGCAGAUUCAAGAACUUUUAGUGGUGAUGAUAUACCCGAAGACAUCGAAGCUGGCUCGCGUAGGAAGUUUCAGACCGAACCUACCUUGCCAAUAUUUCUAAAGUUUAAGGAAGUGUCAUACAAGAUAGUGAUAAAAGGUUUGACAUCAACAGUAGAGAAGGAUAUAUUGAAUGGAAUAAGUGGUGCAGUGAAUCCCGGGGAAGUUUUGGCGUUAAUGGGGCCCUCGGGAAGCGGAAAAACGACACUUUUAAGCUUACUUGGAGGCAGGCUAACCGAGCCUGACCCUGGGGGUUCAAUCACUUACAAUGACCAGCCGUAUUCAAAGCUCUUAAAGAGCAGGAUCGGGUUUGUAACUCAAGACGAUAUCCUAUUUCCUCAUCUAACGGUGAAGGAAACAUUAACAUACGCGGCUCUACUACGACUACCAAAGACAUUAACCAAACAAGAAAAAGAAAAACGAGCGUCGGAUGUGAUUCGUGAACUUGGAUUAGAAAGAUGUCAAGAUACAAUGAUAGGUGGUUCGUUUGUUCGGGGAGUUUCGGGUGGAGAAAGAAAACGUGUUUGUAUCGGACUCGAAAUAAUAAUCAAUCCUUCUCUCUUGUUCCUUGAUGAACCUACAUCUGGCUUAGACUCAACAACUGCUUUGAGGAUCAUUGAUUUGUUACAAGACAUAGCUGAGACAGAGAAGACAGUGAUUACAACAAUUCAUCAGCCAUCGAGUCGACUCUUCCACAAAUUCGACAAACUAAUCCUUCUCGGAAAAGGGAAUUUGCUGUAUUUCGGGAAAGCAUCAGAAGCUAUGGUAUACUUUUCAUCAAUAGGAUGUUCUCCAUUAAUCGCCAUGAAUCCAGCCGAGUUUUUGCUAGAUCUCGCAAACGGAAACAUGAAUGAAGUUUCUGUUCCUCCAGAGUUAGAGGACAUGGUAGGAGAUUCACAAAGAGACGCAAAAAGCGGGAAACCAACACCAGCAGUUGUUCAUGAUUAUUUAGUGGAGGCCUACGAGACACGAGUGGCUGAAGAAACAAAGAAAGAGCUUAUGAUUCCUGUACCACUGGAUGAUGAUAUAAAGUCAAAUGUUCAGUCGAUGAAACGAGAAUGGGGAGCUAACUGGAGAGAGCAAUAUUCGAUAUUGUUUCGAAGAGGACUCAAAGAAAGACAACAUGAUUAUUUUAGUUGGUUGAGAAUUACACAAGUUCUCGUGACUGCAGUUAUUUUGGGACUUUUAUGGUGGCAAUCCCAAGUUCAUAGCCCCAAAGAACUCGAUAAUCAAGCAGGAUUGUUGUUCUUCAUUGCGGUAUUUUGGGCGUUUUUUCCUGUUUUUACAGCGAUUUUCACAUUCCCACAAGAACGAGCGAUGCUAAACAAGGAAAGAGCAGCGGAUAUGUACCGAUUAAGUGCAUAUUUUAUGGCGAGAACAACAAGUGAUCUUCCACUUGAUUUGUUUCUCCCAAUGCUUUUUCUCCUUGUUGUUUAUUUCAUGGCGGGGUUGAGACUAACCGCUGAGUCGUUUUUCCUGACCAUGGUUAUUGUCUUCCUAUGCAUUGUUGCAGCUCAGGGACUUGGGUUGGCUAUUGGUGCUACAUUGACUGACUUGAAGAGAGCAACAACUUUGGCUUCUGUAACUGUAAUGGCUUUCAUGUUGGCUGGUGGAUACUUUGUUAAGGAUGUUCCAAUAUUCAUAGCGUGGUUACGUUACUUGUCGUUUAAUUAUCACACAUACAGAUUACUUUUGAAAGUGCAGUAUGAAACCAUUAGUCCUGUAAUUGAUGGAAUAAAACUAGACAGUGGUUUGAAGGAAGCUACUGCACUUGGGAUUAUGGUUUUCGGUUACCGUCUUUUGGCAUACUUGUCUUUGAGGAGGAUGAAGAUUGGUUGACUUUUGAUGGUCAACUGUCAUAAGUUUAUAAUUUUGUUUCAUUUCAUAUAUACCAAAGGUAAGGGAAGUAUUGAGGGAAUGAGGAUAGGAAGUUGUCAUGGUAACUGCAAGAAGAAUCUCAAACAUAAUUGUAACAAAAACAAAUCAAUGGAUGUUAAUGUUGUAAGUUGUUGAUCUUCAUAAUUGACAUUAAUGUUGUUGAUCUUCA